AAUGAGGUUGGAGAUGCUCGAGUUAAAACGGUGUGUUUACUAAGGAGAAAAGUUGUGUAAAUAAUUGAGCUUUGUCUUAGUCAAACCAGACGAAAAUGUCUGAUCUUUUGUCUACUUAACAUCCGUUUACCUAUUCAUUAAAGUAGAUACUAGUUGUUUAAAGAAAAUCAAGUUGGUUUAUACUUUGUAAGCGCAACACAAGUACACCACCAGAGGAAGUUGCCAUUGUGUAAGAAAAUAUACAAAGCUGUGAUAGUGAUUUACAUGAUCUUAGUGCAUCUCCAACUCUACUCUAUUUUCUCCUUUAAAAUAGAGUUUAAAGUAAAAAUGUUCCAGUAAUACUAUAUUUUCUAUUUUAUAAUAGUGUAAAUCUAUUUUUUACUUUAUAUAUCUAUAUAUAGAGUAAUUUUUUUUUUUUUGGUCAUCACUCUGUCUUUCAUUCUAUUUUACUAUUGGCAACAUCCAACUCUAUUAUAGAGAAAUAGACUAAACGUGGUCUUAUAGAAAAAAUUAUAGUUUCUGCAAGUGUCAUAUCUAACGUGGGAACCCGGAAGUUGACAUCCCUAAGAGAAGAUGACUUUUCUUUGAAGUUGUGGUGGAAAAGUUCCUCGCUCUUUCGUAUCUAAGAAACAGACAAACCAGUUUGCAGUGUAGACAAAUGACAGGCCUGAGGCGUCUCAUUUCUAAGUUCAUUUGCUGUAUGUCAAAUUCCCAACAUCUAAACAUUUAGGAACUUCAAAUUAUUUCCACUUUCUAACCAUUUCUUUACCAAAUGUUUCUAUGCAGGUUCGACUCCUCCCUUGGCAGAGAAUCAGUACAGCUAUUCUCAGAUCAAGAAAAUUACCAAAAACUUCAACAAAGUUCACGGCAAAGGAGGGUUUGGUGUGAUUUAUCAUGCAGUUCUAAGAAGAGAACAAGUAGCAGUAUAGAUGCUAAACCGAGCAUCCGUCUAUGACAUUCAACAGUUUACCAAAGAGGUUCAUGACUUUGUCGAAGUUCGUCACAACAACCUUGUGAGACUCAUUGGUUAUUGCGAUGAAGGUGAGCACUUGGCCCUAAUCUACGAAUUCGUGGGCAAUGGAAACUUGCAGGAUCAUCUAUCUGGCAUGUUUGGUACUGUCCUUAGCUGGGAAAGGAGGUUAAAAAUCAUCAUUGGAGUAGCAGAGGGUCUGGCGUAUUUGCAUAGAGAUUUGCGAGUGCUUCACAGAUACGUUAAGCCGACAAACAUCCUACUCGACGAAAGCUUUGAAGCGAAAUUGGCUGAUUUUGGGAUGUCUAGAUCCUUUCCAACUGACCCUAACACACAGGCGUCAAAUAAGAUUUAUGUAAAACCUGGAAGAGAACCUUACGUGGAUAGCGAGUACUUCAGUUCAAACAGGUUGACAGAAGCUAGCGACAUUUAUAGCUUUGGCAUUGUUCUGUUGGAAAUGAUAACCAAUCAACCUGUGGUUGACGUCAAACGUGAAAGUCCUCACAUUGCCAUGUGGUUCAAUCUAGAGGUCGCGAAAGGUGAUGCUCUGGAGGUUGUUGAUUCAAGGCUUAACGGUGACUUUGAGCCUAACUCAGUCAGGAAAACUAUGGAGAUAGCACGCGCUUGUGCAAGUAGAAGUGUACCAAGCAUGAGCCAGGUUGUUGUAGAGCUCAACGAGUGUCUGACCUUAGAGAUGGCUCGGGCUCGUUAAAAAGCUGCAGAGACAACAAAAGAGACUCACUGGUCGAAAUGACCAUGAAAGUUCAGUAAUCUCAUCCCCCUUCAUGAUCCAAAAAGCCUUCACAUUGGUUCUCUUUUUAUGUUCUUGUAUCAUUGUCCAUUUCUGCAUCUUAUCUUAGCUGCUUUUAUCUCUUUUAUAUCUAAAUGAGUAAUAAACAGAUCAUACACUGAA